AUCCCGCAUCUGUCAUGCUGUUAAAUGGGGACUGCCCAGAGAGUCUGAAGAAGGAGGAGGGAGUGGCCGACCCACCCAAGGAAAAUGGACUGGAUGAGGGCGAGCCAGGAGAUGAGACCACCGGACAGGAAGUCAUUGUCAUUCAGGACACGGGCUUUUCUGUGAAGAUUCUGGCCCCUGGGAUUGAGCCCUUUUCCCUGCAGGUGUCUCCCCAGGAGAUGGUGCAGGAGAUCCACCAGGUGCUCAUGGACCGUGAAGACACAUGUCACCGUACCUGCUUCUCACUGCACCUGGAUGGCAACAUGCUGGAUCACUUUUCAGAGCUGCGCAGUGUGGAAGGGCUGCAGGAGGGCUCGGUGCUCCGCGUGGUGGAAGAGCCUUACACAGUGCGAGAGGCCCGCAUCCACGUACGCCAUGUCCGAGACCUGCUCAAAAGCUUGGAUCCAUCUGAUGCCUUCAAUGGAGUUGACUGCAACUCCUUGUCCUUCCUGAGUGUCUUCACUGACGGUGACCUGGGAGACAGCGGGAAGCGGAAGAAGGGCUUGGAGAUGGACCCCAUUGACUGUACACCGCCUGAGUACAUCCUGCCAGGGAGCCGGGAGCGGCCACUAUGUCCCCUGCAGCCCCAGAACCGUGACUGGAAGCCCCUGCAGUGUCUGAAAGUGCUCACUAUGAGCGGCUGGAAUCCACCCCCUGGGAACCGCAAGAUGCACGGGGACCUUAUGUACCUGUUUGUAAUCACAGCUGAGGACCGGCAAGUCAGCAUCACUGCAUCCACUCGGGGCUUCUACCUAAACCAGUCUACAGCUUACCACUUCAACCCCAAGCCCGCCAGUCCCCGCUUCCUCAGCCAUUCCCUAGUGGAGCUGCUCAACCAGAUCAGCCCAACCUUCAAAAAAAACUUUGCUGUGCUGCAGAAGAAAAGGAUCCAGCGCCACCCAUUCGAGAGGAUCGCUACCCCGUUCCAGGUGUACAGUUGGACAGCCCCCCAGGCGGAGCAUGCCAUAGACUGUGUGCGCGCGGAGGAUGCCUACACCUCAAGGCUGGGCUAUGAGGAGCACAUUCCUGGACAGACCCGGGACUGGAAUGAGGAGCUGCAGACAACAAGGGAACUUCCCCGCAAAAAUCUGCCUGAAAGGCUGCUUCGGGAAAGAGCCAUAUUCAAGGUGCACAGUGACUUCACAGCAGCAGCCACUCGGGGUGCCAUGGCAGUCAUUGAUGGCAAUGUGAUGGCCAUCAAUCCCAGCGAGGAGACCAAGAUGCAGAUGUUCAUUUGGAACAACAUCUUCUUCAGCCUGGGCUUUGAUGUUCGUGACCACUACAAGGACUUUGGUGGAGACGUGGCAGCCUAUGUGGCACCCACCAAUGACCUGAAUGGUGUGCGCACAUACAAUGCGGUGGACGUGGAGGGGCUGUAUACACUGGGCACAGUGGUGGUGGACUACCGUGGCUACCGGGUCACAGCUCAGUCCAUCAUCCCCGGCAUCUUGGAGCGGGACCAGGAGCAGAGCGUCAUCUACGGCUCCAUUGACUUUGGCAAGACCGUGGUGACACAUCCACGGUACCUAGAGCUGCUAGAGCGGACCAGCCGGCCCCUAAAGAUCUUACGGCACCAGGUGCUCAAUGAUCGUGAUGAGGAGGUAGAGCUCUGCUCCUCGGUGGAGUGCAAGGGCAUCAUCGGUAAUGAUGGCCGCCACUACAUCCUCGAUCUGCUGCGUACCUUUCCUCCUGACCUCAACUUCCUGCCUGUGCCGGGUGAGGAGCUGCCUGAGGAAUGUACUCGAGCUGGCUUUCCCCGCACCCAUCGGCACAAGCUUUGCUGCCUGCGCCAGGAGCUGGUGGAUGCUUUUGUGGAGCACAGGUACCUCUUGUUCAUGAAGCUGGCUGCCCUACAGCUGAUGCAGCAGAAGGCCAGCAAGGUGGAGACCUCCACCUCACUGGAAAAUGGCAGUCCUUCCUCCUCAGAGUCCAAGCCUGAAGACCCUCUGGGACCUGAGGCGGGGAGUGAGGAGGAGGGCAGUAGUGCUAGUGGGCUGGCCAAGGUGAAGGAGUUGGCAGAGACCAUCGCCUCAGAUGACAGCACAGCAGACCCCCGAAGCCGGGAGGUGAUCCGCAAUGCGUGCAAGGCUGUCGGUUCCAUCAGCAGCACAGCCUUCGACAUUCGCUUCAAUCCUGACAUCUUCUCACCAGGAGUUCGCUUUCCUCAGUCCUGCCAGGAUGAAGUUCGGGACCAGAAGCAGCUGCUCAAAGAUGCGGCUGCCUUCUUGCUCUCCUGCCAGAUCCCUGGUUUGGUGAAGGACUGCGCAGAGCAUGUGGUGCUGCCCGUGGACGGGGCGACACUGGCUGAGGCAAUGCGCCAGCGCGGCAUCAACAUGCGCUACCUGGGCAAGGUGCUGGACCUGGUGCUACGGAGCCCAGCCCGUGACCAGCUGGACCAUGUCCAUAAAAUUGGCAUUGGAGAGCUCAUUACCCGCUCCACGAAGCACAUCUUCAAGACAUACUUACAAGGAGUGGAGCUCUCGGGCCUCUCAGCUGCCAUCAGCCACUUCCUCAACUGCUUCCUGAGCUCCUACCCCAACCCUGUGGCCCACCUACCUGCCGAUGAGCUGCUCUCCAAGAAGAGGAACAAGAGAAGGAAAAACCGGCCCCCAGGAGCUCCAGAUAACACUGCUUGGGCUGUCAUGACCCCUCAGGAGCUCUGGAAAAACAUCUGCCAGGAGGCCAAGAAUUACUUCGACUUCAGCCUUGACUGUGAUUCUGUGGACCAGGCUGUGGAGACCUAUGGCCUGCAGAAGAUAACACUGCUGCGGGAGAUCUCCCUAAAAACCGGAAUCCAGAUCCUGCUGAAGGAGUACAGCUUCGACAGCCGCCACAAGCCCGCGUUCACCGAGGAGGACGUGCUCAACAUCUUCCCUGUGGUCAAGCAUGUCAAUCCCAAGGCUUCGGAUGCCUUCCACUUCUUCCAGAGUGGGCAGGCCAAAGUCCAGCAGGGCUUCCUGAAGGAGGGUUGUGAGCUCAUCAAUGAGGCCCUGAACCUAUUUAACAAUGUCUAUGGAGCUAUGCACGUAGAGAUCUGUGCCUGCCUGCGCCUCCUGGCUCGUCUCCAUUACAUCAUGGGGGACUACGCUGAGGCCCUGAGUAACCAGCAGAAGGCAGUGCUGAUGAGCGAGCGAGUAAUGGGCAUCGAGCAUCCCAAUACCAUCCAGGAAUACAUGCACCUGGCCUUGUACUGCUUUGCUAGCAGCCAGCUGUCCACAGCCCUGAGCCUGCUGUAUCGUGCCCGCUACCUCAUGCUGCUCGUGUUUGGGGAGGACCACCCUGAGAUGGCACUGUUGGACAACAACAUUGGGCUGGUGCUGCAUGGUGUGAUGGAGUAUGACCUAUCACUGCGUUUCUUGGAGAAUGCUUUGGCUGUCAGCACCAAGUAUCAUGGGCCCAAGGCCCUUAAGGUGGCCCUCAGCCACCACCUUGUGGCCCGGGUCUAUGAGAGCAAAGCUGAGUUCCGGUCAGCACUGCAGCAUGAGAAGGAAGGCUACACCAUCUACAAGACCCAGCUGGGUGAGGACCACGAGAAGACCAAGGAGAGCUCCGAGUACCUCAAGUGCCUGACCCAGCAGGCUGUGGCCCUGCAGCGCACCAUGAAUGAGAUCUACCGCAAUGGCUCCAGUGCCAACAUCCCACCCCUCAAGUUCACAGCUCCCAGCAUGGCCAGUGUCUUGGAGCAGCUCAACGUCAUCAACGGCAUCCUCUUCAUUCCUCUCAGCCAAAAAGACUUGGAGAAUCUGAAGGCCGAAGUGGCGCGGCGGCACCAGCUCCAGGAGGCCAACAAAAACAGGGAAAAAGCCGAGGAGCCCAUGGUCACUGAGCCUGAGCUAGCAGGGGCCCCAGAAGACCUGGGUUCCCAGCCCCAGGCUGCCAAGGACCCUUCUUCCCCAAGCUUGCAGGGAUAGAAAGGGAGAGACGGACAGUCAGUGGCCCCAUCACCCAGUGAUUCAGACUCCAGGAGAAGGGGGCAUGUCCUGCAGAUUGGGAGAGGAAAAGCCAGUCCCUCUUCCAUGUUCCACCCUCACCCUACCCCAGCAUCCUCCUGGGACCCCGGCCUGGCCUACCUGCCCCCCAAAAGAUGUUUUGCACUGGUUCAAUGAGAAUAUAUGAUGCAGAGGCCUAAA